CCCCUCCCAUUGGCCGGCCGGGUGGGUGAGGGGCAGCGGAAGGUCCGGACUCCUCCUCCUCCAGGACACGUUCCCAGCACAUACACACAGCAGCAGCAGCAGCCCGGGCACAGGGAGACAUGGCUCAGGCCCCGGACACACAUUAGAGACAGCAGCAGCGGGAGAUGGGGCCGGCAGCACAGCGCGCAGUGUGAGGAGGACCCAGCAGCACUGACCCGCUCCCCGCACACACUGCACCCAGCCUCGCCGCCCAGGGACACAGCGCAGACGCCGCCAGCCCCCCGCAGCACGGACCGAGGGCUCCGCUUCCCCGGACUGGGAGUCGCUGGCUCCUGUAGGCCGCCCGCUCGUCAUGUUCGCGAAGGGGAAAGGCUCAGCGGUGCCGUCAGACGGGCAGGCCCGGGAGAAACUUGCACUAUAUGUAUACGAGUAUCUGCUUCAUGUCGGUGCCCAGAAAUCUGCGCAGACUUUCCUUUCUGAGAUCAGGUGGGAGAAGAACAUUACAUUGGGUGAACCUCCAGGUUUCUUACACUCAUGGUGGUGUGUGUUUUGGGACCUGUACUGCGCAGCUCCAGAGCGUAGAGACACCUGUGAACAUUCAAGUGAAGCAAAAGCAUUUCACGACUAUAGUGCCGCAGCAGCACCAAGCCCCGUGCUCGGUAACAUUCCACCAAACGAUACAAUGCCAGGAGGGCCGAUACCACCUGGAUUCUUCCAGCAGGGUCCACCCGGAUCGCAGCCAUCUCCACACUCACAGCCGCCUCCCCACAACCCCAACAUGAUGGGUCCCCACAGUCAGCCUUUUAUGUCCCCCCGAUAUGGUGGUGGGCCCAGGCCACACAUAAGAAUGGGAAGCCAGCCACCAGGUGGCGUCCCUGGAUCACAGCCUUUGUUACCGAAUUCCAUGGACCCGACACGACAAGGACACCCCGGGAUGGGGGGACCCAUGCAGAGGAUGAAUCCCCCUAGACAGAUGGGCCCCAUGGGUCCUGGACCUCAGUCUGAUCCUUGGUUAUCGUUGCAGAACUAUGGAAGUGGCAUGAGACCACCACCCAAUUCCUUAGGGCCUGGCAUGAACAUGGGUCCUGGAGCAGGCAGGCCGUGGCCAAACCCCAAUAGUGGAAACUCGAUUCCAUAUUCGUCGUCCUCACCCGGCACUUAUGUGGGGCCCCCUGGUGGUGGAGGACCUCCAGGAACACCUAUAAUGCCCAGUCCUGCAGAGUCAACAAAUUCAAGCGACAAUAUUUAUACAAUGAUAAAUCCUGGUCCUCCUACAGGGAAUCGUUCAAAUUUCCCAAUGGGACCUGGUUCAGAUGGGCCUAUGGGAGGAAUGGGCGGAAUGGAACCUCAUCAUAUGAACGGGUCAUUAGGAUCUGGUGACAUGGAUGGACUCCCUAAGAAUUCCCCAAAUAACAUAAGUGGCAUUAGUAACCCUCCAGGAACACCCCGAGACGACGGAGAGCUAGGAGGAAACUUUCUUCAUUCCUUCCAAAAUGACAAUUACUCUCCCAGCAUGACUAUGAGUGUGUGACAACAGGGAGAAGACUCCUCUCGGCUGCUGCUAGGAUGGUCACGGUGAUGGGAGAAGGGAAUAGUGCACGGAGCUGUGGAAAUGAAUGGAACAGCUCCCCCCUCAGUUCAGUUUCAUGCAAUAAAAAGCACCAAACUUUUUAUUCCAUCAAACACCGUACAGAAACUGUCAAGACAAGAAAAUCCUUCUCAGAGGAUGUGCAACUGUACAGAAACCUUUUUUUUUUUGCAAGAGAAGGAAACUUUAAAUAACGAAUCUGAUAGCUUUUUUAUUUUUAAAUUUUCCUCCCCAUGUUCUAUGUCUGUGACGUGAUAUUCAAGGAGAAUAGCUGAAAUAGGAAACAGGUUUUUUUAUUUUAUUUUGUUUUUAGCCUUUUUUUUUUUUUUUUUUUUUACCCGAAUGAACUGAGAUUUUAAUUUGCCCACUUCCCUAUCAAAGGGAUUUAUUUUUGUUUUUUUUCAUACAAUCCAAAACCACCUCCAAAAAAUGUCAAUUUUUUGUUUUUUUCCUCAAUGUUCUCCACUGUGCAGAAUCUCUGGUUGGAACUGCAUCCUUCUCUUUACCUCAUACAAUACAACACUUGAUAUUUGUUUAAACACCUAAGACUAUAUAUAUGAUAUAUUUUUCUUUUUACCUCUGCAAGAGUGAUUAACUAGGAACUCCCAGAAUCCAGAGGAAGCGCUGACUGCAGAAAGGGAUGGGUAAUAAGACUAUGCAGCCUGCUGUUUAGAAAUGUGUGGCAACGUCUUUUUAUUAACGGAUUUCAAACGACGGACUUUGGUUGUGUAAGAAUAUUAAUAAAAAGGUGAUACAGUGGGAAGCGGACCAGCAGGCACCAGAAAAACACUCCUCCUUCAAUGCCACCAUCUCCUGACUUGCCACUGCUUGAUCUGUGUUUUUUUUUUUUUUUUUGUUUUUUAUUGCAUCUAUGUCGGCCCAGAACAACGUCAGCUGAUAUUAAACACUGUAUUUUUUAUUUUAUAUUAUUUUUUUAAUUGUAAAAAAAAAAAAAUUUCCCCUCCAUCUGAGUCUAGCUGAAAAUGAGAAGCCUUCAUAGCACCUACACUUAGUUUUACUCAACAUUUGCUUAUUAAAAGGGACAGUUGUGUAGGAUGUUGGUUGAGUUUCUGAUCAAAAAAAUUGUCAGGCAUUCUAGGUUUUUUUUUUUUCUCCUUUCAUUUGUCAGGAGUGACUGAAGGAGGGAACCACAGCAGCUCCUCUCAGGACAUUGUUACAAGAGAAAUUCCUUAUGUAUUUGAAAAGGGAUAGUUAAAUUAUUGUCUCUUGGUAUGGGACAGCUUGGAAUGAUAUGGUUAAUUUUUCCGCCUCCAUGCUGUAAUAAAUUUAAUAAAUUCAAACAUA